GUUCCCGCCAUCAGUAAAAACACAAACAGUGGUGGAUUUAAAGUUACAAUUGAGUGGCGAAAUUACGAAAGUUGCUGGUUUUCGACUACUCGGAGGCUCUCGGGACCCGAUACGAGUGAUGUCGGAUUGGGAAUGCGACGAACCUAGCGUGGCAGCAGCUGCUGACAAGAAGGGGCCCACAUAUGUCCAUGGGCAGGAGAGGUAUGUGUCAGAGUGCCCGCAUUCAAUCGCCAAAAGUGACGCCGAAGAUGAUGGCGAUGAUGACGGUGGCUGCUGCAGCUUCUCCAUUGAUGUCGGCGAUGUUGGGCGGGUCAUCGGAAGGGGUGGCAGCAAAAUCCAGGAGCUGGAGAAGCUGAGUGGAGCGCGGAUUAAGCUGCUGAGAGAUGGGGACGAGGGCACCGUGCAGCUGGUGGGCAGCGCAGGCGCGCGGCGCAUUGCCCGCAACCUGAUCCGCAAUAUCACGGGGAGUGGGGCAGAGAAGAGCCACCAAGGCAGCCAGGGGAGGUGGCGCCCGGCUAGGGAGGGUAUGGAGGGCAGGGGUGACCCCAGUUGGGGCGGUGGGACUAGAGAUGAUGGUAGAACGGUAUCGAGUGGUGGUGCUAGGGAAGGUAUUGGUGGGACUGAAGAUUGUGAUGAUAGUGGUGGUGUGAGUAGAGGUGCUUGUAGAGGUGGAUUUGGAGGUGGUGAAAAUGAGGUUGGAGGUGGCAGUGGUGGGUUUGGUGGUGGUCGUGGGUUUGGUGGUGGUCGUGGGAUUGUUGAUAGUCAUGAUGGGUGUGGAGGAGGUGGUCGUGGUGGAUCUGGGUUUGGUGGUGGAGGUGGUGGGUUUGGUGGUGGAGGUGGUGGGUUUGGUGGUGGAGGUGGUGGGUUUGGUGGUGGAGGUGGUCGCUUUGGUGGUGGAGGUGGUCGCUUUGGUGGUGGAGGUGGUAGCUUUGGUGGUGGAGGUGGUAGCUUUGGUGGUGGAGGUGGUAGCUUUGGUGGUGGAGGUGGUCGCUUUGGUGGUGGAGGUGGUAGCUUUGGUGGUGGAGGAGAUAGCUUUGGUGGUGGAGGUGGUACUGGUGGUGGCGGGACAAGGUCGAGUGGUGCAGCCGCUGAUUCUGAAGACACCGAAAAUCCCCCGCGGAUUCGCAUUGACUGGGCAAGCAUCAACGAACGCCAGGCCGAUUUUGUGGCACUCAAGUGGAAUGACUGUCCUCCCAUCAAGAAGAAUUUCUACUUUGAGUCGCCGAGCGUGACCAGAAUGAGCCCUGAGGAGGUGGCCGAGUGGAGGCAGAGCAACAAUAACAUUUCCGUGGUGGACAUGUGCGAGGAGGGGAGUCGCAGCAUACCCAACCCUGUGCGCACCUUUGCGGACGCCUUUGAGCAUUUCCCCGACAUCUUGGACAACAUCUGUCGCGCAGGCUUUACCACGCCUUCACCCAUACAGAGCCAGGCGUGGCCCGUGGUUCUGCUGGGCUGGGACCUCGUGGGCAUCGCUCAGACAGGCACAGGGAAAACACUCGCCUUCCUCUUCCCAGGGUUCAUUCACCUUACCCUGCAGCCAAUACCCCGGGAGCAACGGGAGGGCCCGGGAAUGCUGAUCUUGACGCCGACACGCGAGCUCGCCCUGCAGAUCAAAUCGGAGUGCAGCAAAUACUCGUACCAGGGAAUUACCAGCGUGUGCAUCUACGGCGGGGGCAACCGCAGGGAGCAGAUCGAAAUCGCCACCAGGGGCGUGGACAUCGUUAUCGCGACACCUGGACGACUCAACGACCUCAUGAUGAACGGGCACAUCAGCAUGCGCGGCAUCACUUAUCUGGUGCUGGACGAAGCUGACCGCAUGCUGGAUCUGGGCUUUGAGCCGCAGAUCAUGAAAAUCCUUCUGGACGUGCGGCCAGACAGGCAAACUACCAUGACUAGCGCGACGUGGCCGCCCGGAGUGAGGCGUCUUGCGCGCUCCUACCUCAAGGACCCAGUGCUCGUCUACGUCGGCUCCUUGAAUCUGGCGGCCGUCCAUUCGGUGCACCAGGAGGUGGUGGUCCUGAACCCCGAAGACAAACAGGACUUCCUUUUCAAAUUCUUUGCCAGCAUGCAGCCCAGUGACAAGGUCCUCGUCUUCACGGGGCGAAAGGCCAUGGCCGAUCACCUCUCCACGAAGUGUUGCCUCAUGGGCCUCGAUGUCCAGAGUCUCCAUGGCGACCGCGAGCAGUUCGACCGAGAGCAGGCGCUAAGUGAAUUCCGCAGCGGCUGCGUGCGGAUCCUCAUAGCCACGGACGUGGCCUCGCGCGGGCUGGACGUGACCGACAUCACACACGUCUUGAACUACGACUGUCCACGCCACAUGGAGGAGUACGUGCAUCGCAUCGGCCGCACGGGCCGCGCCGGCAAGGAGGGCAAGUCGGUGACUUUGGUGACGCGAAGUGACUGGAGGCAUGCGGCAGACCUUAUCAGCAUCAUGCAGGAGGCCGGGCAGGAUGUGCCGCAGGAGCUAGAGGAGAUGGCCGAGCGGUUUGAGCAGAACCAGCGCGAGAAGGAGCUACGCGGAGACCGACCCAGGUUUGGUGGGCGAGGAAGAUUUGCGGACCGCGAUGCCGUCGCCGGCGUGUUCGAGGGACUCCUGUAGAGGGGGUACGCGAGGGGGUCCAUUGCACCCCUGGAACCUUGGAUGCACAUCGGUAGCAUGUCUACUUCAGACUUCUUUCCUGGUUUCUGUCUGCAGCUGAAUUUCGUUAAUGUUACAGCUAGCCCAGCAUUCAGGCGAUAGUACUGCACCACUGUAAUCAUAUGGGGGGUUCCCAAUUGAAGUUGGCUGCCAGGGAUUUUGUGGGCCUUGUAAAAUCUGGAAGUCUCCUGGCAUGUUAUAGACCGGUGUGUUUUGUUGGAGGUACAUUCCCCCCUCUCCCCCUUUGAGUGUGCUGGAGUCUUGUGAAAAUUGUUCUGGAUUGUCUCCGUUUGCAAUGUAUUUUCGAGCAUUGUGUGAAGGCUGGCAUUCUAAUGAAAGUGUUGGAAGGGAAAUAUUUUUUUCCCCGUUGACAUGGGAAAAAAAGGUCGGACCGGUAUGAAAGUGCUGUUGCUCAUUUUUACAUCAACAUGAUCCCGAGUCCUUGAAUUUUGUCCAUGUACACGGUGUUAUUUAAAUGUUUUUAUUUGUCAAAACGGCUGUGGCAACAACACUUGUAGACCACAGCGUUUGGCUAACUGGAAACUUUCAGCGUGUAGUGAUGUAAAAAUUCGAUAUGGCCAAGUGUUUUUAAAUAUUACAGUUCCUGAUGGACAUGGGCAAAGUUGUGCGCUUCAGUUUAAGUGAUUUAUAAAUUGUAAAGUG